ACCUAUCAAACACUCAUAUUGCUUAAACUCAACCGUCAACCUAGGUAGUCGCCGAGACAUAGACUCUAGUGUCUGUCACCUUAUGAGAGACUCAAUCAACUGCUAUAUAAUCGGCCCCCAACUUCUCCAUCGACAACCACAGAUGCAGGUCUAAACCACAACUAUCGCACCGCAAGGGGUCUUCUCCUACCUUUCAUCUCAUCAAGUGAGCCGAUUCGACAAUGGGACAGUGGUGGGUUGAUUCUCGCAUUGAAGCUACCGUUACCCGGUCCUAUGUCGCCAGCCAGCUCCUCCCGGAUGAGAUUGAGCGCCUAGAUCGUCCAGUCGCCUUUGGCGGCGAGGACUUGACAGAGCGCACAUACUGGGAGAGCAUUCGAAAUGAUGCACCUCGUUUAUUCCUCAUUCUCGUCGACCUUGGUGUGCCUGAUCAGAUCUUCGGAGUUGUCGACGAUGGCUGGGAUGACGCUGAGCUACCGAUUGCCCUCGAAGACGUGGAUCGCCUCUUGUUAACAGCAACUCGUGAUGAGAAAGUCGAAAAGAAGUUUUACCAGCGCCAGUUUCAUUACCUUCUCAAACCCUUGCAGCGAGGGAACCAUGUGGCGUAUAAGGACAACGAAGUAGUACCUCUAGACGUGGUCGAAAAGCCUUCCUUGCCAACGCACAAGUCGCACGGAAACGACAAGGUCAGACUUCCAAAUAUUCCAGGGGAAGUCUUUUAUCGACGACGAUAUGUGCUGGGUAAUGGACCUGGAGCUAUGCCCGUGCAAGACUUUCUCGAUGCUGUCCACGGCAUCAAGGGUCUGCAGAACGAGCACAUGAUCUCGUAUUGGGCGUCGUAUACGCAGCAUGGAUAUGGAUACGUUUUGUUUACGCCAGCAGGUGACUUUACUCUCAAGUCAUUCCUGGCGACGACACCAUCACAGUUCAAGCAUCUUGCUAAAGCUCGUCGGAGGGAGCUUGUCAUGAACUGGAUCUUGUGUCUCGUCGACACACUCUGUGACUUCCAUGGGAAGAAUCAAUCGCAUGGAUACAUCAAACCUUCGACCAUCUUCUUUACCAACCAAAACCACGUCUUUUACUCCGACUCAACACGACUCACGCCCGAUAACGUGAUUCUUCACACCGAUAAAUCGUCGUUUGAUCGCGAACGGUACGACUAUGCUGCACCAGAACUGUGGUCUCGGCCUGCAGGGGCGACGAGCCCGACCGGCAGAUUCCCAUCUGAUGAACAUUUCGGAAUGGUGCAAACAUACGAUCCGAGCGGCUCACCAACGGCGAUGUUCAUUGCACCAAAUCCUCAGCUGAGCGGACAGCAAGCCGACAUCUUCUCAGUAGGCUGCAUCAUUUUGGAGCUUUUAUCAUUUUUAGUCAAACGGACGACAAGCAAGUUUGCGACCUUUCGAUCAGCGAAGCACAAGACGGCCGGUCGAGGCGGUGCAGUGUUGGAUACGUCUUUUCACAAGAACCUAGGACAGGUGGAAGCAUGGAUGUCAGGUCUUGCCAAAGAUGCAUCUCGAAAGUCAUCAUCGAGCAAAGAUGGCGCGAAUAUUCUCAAAGGUGUAACCCCCAUGCUCCACGUUGUGACGGGUAUGCUGGCGAUGAAUCCAUACGACCGGCCUCCGGCGAUCGAAGUGCAACAGCGCAUUUAUCAGAUUCUGACCGAAGUCUGCGACAUUUCAGAACCACACUGCGUACAUCAGUAUGCGCACGAUCUCGAAUCCUCAUUCGGAGGGCUGCAGAUUCAGACUGUUGGUGAUGGCAUGAUGGGCGUCAGUCCGCCAGGGGGGUCCAACACCACCUAUGGUACACCACGGACGUACGAACACAGCCGAAAUGGUAGCAGUGGAGGAUAUUCACAAGUAAGCCGCACGACGGGAAGCAGCGAAACCGACAUGGAUGCUAUACACAGCGUAGGGUCAGUUGGUCUUCAACAGAUACGAACACAGGGUUCCUGGCCUCGCAAUAUCGCGUACACACAGCACACGGGCGUAGCGCAAUACCCCGUGGGCCAAUGGGACACUACAUGAAAGCAUGUGAUGUUCUGCUGGGAUGAUGACUUUGAUGAGCUUGUGGGGACCGAAUCCUUUUUAUUAGGAUUGAGGAGAUGAAACGAGAUGGCAUUUAUUACCUUCUGUUUACAUCGCGUAUGCGGUCAGCAAAUUUGUGCUUCGUUUAUCUGAGGCAGGGCUGAUUUUACGGCAUAUGAGGCUGACUUAUACCAACAUUGAAUUUAUUUGCCGGAGCAGGUGGAAAUGGAAAAAGAAAUUAUCAUUAUCAACUUUGGAUGAAACGAGGUUGGAUGGUGAUUGCUGAUAUAGGAUUAGGAUUAGGAUUGGUCAUGUGGAAUUAUGCACGAUUUACGAUUGAAUGAGACUUCAAUUUCAAUUUUAUCA